AUGACCGAGUUCUGGCUCAACGAGGGCGCGGAAAUGAACGCCAACCAGCGCCUCAAUAUUUCAUCCUUCCUGGCUAAGCCUGCCUCUACGCGCCUGAUAAAAGAUAGGCCUUGCCAGAUUGCUUUGAUCCUUCUUUGUGAUACUUUUAAGUCCAUGCGGCCUCCUGGCAGCCUUGACAACCCCGAUAACAAAGAUCAUCGCCGAAAUGUGCAUACACUUACUAUUGCCGCAUUACUUCCAUCUACAUAUGCCUGGCUCCGAGAGACAGGGCAUAACAUCGUACUGUUAACAGACGUAUCGUGGAAUGAUUGCUCCAGCAGUCUUUACGAAAAAGAUGGCGUAAAUGUUGUCAGGUCAGAGCUAGGUCGACGAGCACCGGGUGGAUUUAGUCCCUGA